AUGAAGGUUACCAUUAAGGGUAUCGAAAGAGAGCUUAUCUGCCCAGCAUGCAAGGAGUUAUUUACCCACCCACUGAUCCUCCCUUGCCAGCACAAUGUCUGUCACAAAUGUGUGAAAGAAAUACUCUUUGCAUUUGAAGACUCUUUUGCUGAUGGAGGCUCUGAAUCUUCUAAUCAGAGUAGCCCUCGAAUUAAAAUCUGUGCUUCUAGCAUGGACAGAAUUGACAGGAUUAGUAGAUCAGGCAGAAAACGCAAUUCACUGACUCCCAGAUCGAGUCUUUUCCCUUGUCCGGGUUGCCAGCGGGACAUCGAUCUUGGAGAACGUGGCAUCAAUGGCUUAUUCCGCAACUUUACUUUGGAAACCAUUGUGGAAAGGUACAGACAGGCAGCCAGGGCAGCCAUUGCUAUUAUGUGCUAUUUCUGCAAACCUCCACCUCAAGAAUCCACCAAGAGCUGCCUGGACUGCAGAGCAAGCUACUGCAAUGAAUGUUUCAAAAUACACCAUCCUUGGGGAACUGUGAAAGCCCAGCAUGAGUAUGUUGGACCAACCACCAACUUCAGACCCAAGAUUUUGAUGUGUCCAGAGCAUGAAAUGGAGAGGGUAAACAUGUACUGUGAAAUCUGCAGAAGGCCUGUUUGUCAUCUUUGUAAACUGGGUGGAUGUCAUGCAAAUCAUAGAGUAACAACCAUGAGCACUGCCUACAAAACUCUUAAGGAGAAGCUUUCAAAAGAUAUUGAGUACCUCAUCAGUAAGGAGAGUCAGGUGAAGGGUCACAUCACACAGCUGGAUCUGCUGCUGAAAGAAACAGAGUGCAACAGUGAAAGAGCUAAAGAAGAAGCAUUGCACAGUUUUGAGAAAUUAUCUCAUGUCCUGGAAGAGAAGAAAUCUGCAGCUCUUAGGGCAAUUGAGGUUUCUAAGAAUCUAAGGCUGGAGAAAUUGCAAACACAAGCAGAAGAAUAUCAAGGGCUUCUGGAAAAUAAUGGUCUUGUAGGAUAUGCUCAAGAAGUGCUUAAAGAAACUGAUCCAUCUUGUUUUGUUCAAACAGCAAAACAACUUCAUGUCAGAAUCCAAAAAGCUACUGAAUCUCUGAAGAGCUUCAGGCCAGCAGCUGAAACUACUUUUGAAGACUUUGUCGUGGACAUAGCCAAGCAAGAAGAGAUCCUUGGUGACUUGUCCUUCCAUUUCAAUGGUCUAGAAAUACCAGAAAUCAAUGAAGAGCAGAGCAGAAUGUACAACAAAGCUCUUAUUAGUUGGGAAUGCCCUGGGAAGACAGAUUCAGCUGAUAUCUAUGUUCUUGAGUAUCAGAAGCUUAAUAGAGAAGGGGAGAGCGCAACGUGGCAGGAGAUAGAAGUUUGCAGCAAGAGGAAAGUAAUAUCUGAUCUUGAUGAAGACAGCAGCUAUGCCUUUAGAGUUCGAGGAUAUAAAGGGUCCAUCUGUAGCCCUUGGAGCCGAGAAGUUAUUUUACAUACACCUCCAGCUCCAGUCUUCAGUUUUCUUUUUGAUGACAAAUGUGGGUAUAACAGUGAACAUCUCCUUCUGAACCCAAGAAGAACCUCUGUGGAAAGCAGGGCUGGAUUUCCUCUACUGUUGGCAUCUGAACGCAUGCAGGUUGGAUGCUACACAACCCUGGAUUACAUCAUUGGUGACACUGGGAUUGCCAAAGGGAAGCACUUCUGGGCUUUUCGUGUGGAAGCCUAUUCAUACCUGGUGAAAGUGGGAGUUGUUUCUAGCAACAAGAUACAGAAGUUGUUCCAUAAUACCCAUGAUGUGACAAGCCCAAGAUACGAACAAGACAGUGGCCAUGACAGUGGGAGUGAAGAUGCCUUCUUUGACUCAUCACAGCCUUUCACACUGGUCACACUGGGCAUGAAGAAGUUCUUUAUCCCCACCACACCUACUGCCCCCAAGGAUCCAGAGAGCAGAAUCCUUCCCCUGCCAUCACACUUGGGCAUCUGCCUUGAUUGUGACAAAGGCAAGGUGGGGUUUUACGACGCAGGCCUUAUGAAAUGCCUUUAUGAGUGUGAGGUGGACUGCUCUGGCAUAAUGUACCCAGCGUUUGCCUUAAUGGGUGGCGCAGCAGUUCAUCUUCAGGAGGCCAUCACAGCAAAGUACGGCGAGUACCAUGAUGACAUCUAG